GGAUCUGGACCAGGGGUCCUUGCGUCAGCUCCCGUCAAAUCGUCACUUCUGGUCCCAGGCGGAAGUCUUCUCCUAGCCGACCGGGAAGUAGCUGAAGACCCGGCGAUGGGAACUCUGGAGGUCUCGCUCCGGGGCGGACCCGAGGCCACCGUGCCCCCGCGGUAGAACGAGCCUGGGUGGCGGGCUCCGAGGUCCUGAGGUGAAGAGCGUCGGGGCCUGAAGCAUGGAGGGGUCUAAGGCGUCCAGCAGCACCAUGCAGGUGAGCUUCGUGUGCCAGCGCUGUAGCCAGCCUCUGAAACUAGACACGAGCUUCAAGAUCCUGGACCGGGUCACCAUCCAGGAACUCACAGCUCCAUUACUUACCACAGCCCAGGCGAAACCAGGAGAGACCCAGGAGGAAGAGGCUAACUCAGGAGAGGAGCCAUUUAUUGAAACUCGCCAGGAUGGUGUCUCUCGAAGAUUCAUCCCCCCAGCCAGGAUGAUGUCUACAGAAAGUGCUAAUAGCUUCACUCUGAUCGGGGAGGCAUCUGAUGGUGGCACCAUGGAGAACCUCAGCCGAAGACUUAAGGUCACUGGAGACCUUUUUGACAUCAUGUCGGGCCAGACAGAUGUGGAUCACCCACUGUGUGAGGAAUGCACAGAUACUCUCUUAGACCAGCUGGACACUCAGCUCAAUGUCACUGAAAAUGAAUGUCAGAACUACAAACGCUGUUUGGAGAUCCUGGAGCAGAUGAAUGAGGGUGACAGUGAGCAGCUCCAAAGGGAGCUGAAGGAGCUGGCCUUAGAAGAGGAGAGGCUGAUUCAGGAGCUGGAAGAUGUGGAAAAAAACCGCAAGGUGGUGGCAGAAAACCUGGAGAAGGUCCAGGCUGAGGCAGAGAGACUGGACCAGGAGGAAGCUCAGUACCAGCGGGAAUACAGUGAGUUUAAAAGGCAGCAGCUGGAGCUGGACGACGAGCUCAAAAGUGUGGAGAACCAGAUGCGCUAUGCCCAGGUGCAGCUGGACAAGCUCAAGAAAACCAAUGUCUUCAAUGCGACCUUCCAUAUCUGGCACAGUGGACAAUUUGGCACAAUCAAUAAUUUCAGACUGGGUCGCCUGCCCAGUGUUCCUGUGGAAUGGAAUGAGAUCAAUGCUGCCUGGGGCCAAACAGUGUUGCUGCUCCAUGCUUUGGCUAAUAAGAUGGGUCUGAAAUUUCAGAGGUACCGACUUGUUCCCUACGGAAAUCAUUCGUAUCUGGAAUCUCUGACAGACAAAUCUAAGGAAUUGCCGUUAUACUGUUCUGGAGGUUUGCGGUUUUUCUGGGACAACAAGUUUGACCAUGCAAUGGUAGCUUUUCUGGACUGUGUGCAGCAGUUCAAAGAAGAGGUGGAAAAAGGAGAGACUCGAUUUUGUCUUCCAUACAGGAUGGACGUGGAGAAAGGCAAGAUUGAAGACACUGGAGGCAGUGGUGGCUCCUAUUCCAUCAAAACCCAGUUCAACUCCGAGGAGCAGUGGACAAAAGCCCUCAAGUUCAUGCUCACCAAUCUCAAGUGGGGUCUCGCUUGGGUGUCCUCACAGUUUUAUAACAAGUGACUUGUUCCUUAUGGGAUACCCUUGCCUUUAAGGUUUUACACUUUGUUUGGUUUGGAAAGAUGCUUUAAAUUAAAUUUGGGUAAUAUUAAACCACAUGUUUACAAUACCAAAAUCCACAAAAGCUACUUUAUUUUCGAAUAUGACAGAGAGUUUCCAGAGUACAACACACCAUGUAUAGCAAAGAACCCUGCCAGAGUUUUGACUCAACCCCAUGCCGUCCUUUCCCUCUUUCCUGAAACAACUAAUUUAAAUUUGCUUUGUUUUCUUUUUUAAGUUGAAUUGACAUUAAUGUGUUUUCACUGGAUUUUAUCUCUCUCAGCUUCCUGCACUUACAAUAUGAAACAGAAGUUUUGAGAUGAGAUGCUUGUGGCAGGCACAGUUGGGUAAUGUGGGGAAAGGACACCAGGUCAGAAGUUACCAGUUUAACUCUGUCCUCGAUUCUAGUACUAGAUGCCUACUGUGCUAUCUAGUGGGAUUACAGAAUGCUGUUUGAUACUGUUUGAGACGUGGAGAGAUUUAAUUAUUUGUAAUAAAGGAUUUGCUAUGGUCUGUUAAUUACCAA